AUGGGAAGUCCUUCCUCCGUUACUGAUGGUUUUGUUGAGUUCACUUUGGACUCAUCUCACCCUUUCUAUGUUCAUCCAUCCGAUAGUCCUAGUAGUCAGUUAGUUGCUAUCCCUUUCAAUGAGACUGGCUUAGUCGCAAGGAAAGUUCCUCAACCUCCACCUAAUUCUCCCUAUUAUCCUUACUGGGAGCGAUGUAAUGAUAUGGUAAAGGCUUGGAUUAUCAAUUCAUUGACUAGGAAGAUAGCAGUCAUUGUCAUAUGUCUCAACACUGUUAGAGAAGUAUGUAGUGAUAUAAAUGAAAGGUUUGGACAAUCUAAUGGAUCCAAGUACAUUCAAAUCCAAAGGGAAAUCGGUUCUAACUCACAAGGGUCUUCUGAUAUUGCCACUUACUUCACCAGAAUGAGAGCUCUUUGGGAUAAGUUAAACUCUGCAUAUGUUGGCCCUACUUGUUCCUGUGGGGCUCUACCCAAAUUCAUAGAAGACCAACACCUUUUUCAAUUCCUAAGUGGGUUAAAUGAGUCAUAUUCCACUAUAAAUAGUAGUAUCAUGCUCAUGUCUCCACUCCCAUCCAUUAGUAAGGCUUAUUCUUUACUCCAACAUGAUGAAAGUCAAAAGGAGAAUCAACCUCCAGCCUUGGGUUUUUCUGGUGAUUCGGCAUCAUUCUCUACCACUACAACUAAUUCAACACAUGUCAAUCAAAUGAAUUCCCCACACAAUACCAGACCUUAUAACCAAAGAAUUAACUUUGAUCCAAAAAGGAAUUCACCAUCUGUGUCUUGCAAGUACUGCAAAAAGCCUGGUCACACAAUAGAUAAAUGCUAUAGACUCCAUGGCUUCCCUGCUGAUUUCAAAUUCACCAAAAAUAAGAGAUUUGCCUCUUGUGUUCAAGUAGAAGAACCUGCUGAUGAUAUUGGUCCUAGCAUCAAGUCUAGUGACUCCACAGCUUAUGGUUUCAGCAAAGAACAAUAUCAACACCUCAUGUCUCUUUUUCAGCAGACUCACAUCUCUCCUGGGAUCCAUUCUUCACCUUCUGAUGAAAAUAUUGGUUAUGCCAAAUUUGCAGUAUAUCAUACUCCUCUUGUUCCUUUUGUGGAUUGUGCCUCCACUCCUUCUCCCCCUUCAUUCUCCUCUGCUCCUUUAUCUUCUUCACCUCAUUCUCCUCCUACAUAUGUCCCUCCUUCUGCCACAUCCUUGCCAACUUCUCCUCUGCUUAGGAAGUCUAGCAGGGUCUGCCACACUCCUCCCUAUCUUAAAGACUAUGUUUGCUCCUCUGCCCUCUCCAAUCCUGUAUCUGGGACAUCCAAGGUGUCUCCUGUUGAGCUACAAAUGCAUGAAUCUCCAUUUUACCAGCAGGCUGCCUCUAAUCCUGCUUGGUACAAAGCCAGAUUGGUUAUUAGAUGUGACACCCAGAAGGAAGAUAUUGAUUACACUGAGACCUUCUCUCCUGUUGUUAAGUUCACUACCAUCAAGUGUCUUCUUUCUCUUGCUGCUAAGAAGGACUGGACUGUGUAUCAACUUGAUGUGAAUAAUGCCUUUCUUCAUGGUGACCUUCAUGAAGAAGUAUGUAUGAAACUUUCACCCGGUCUUCAGAUUUCCACUUCUGCAGCUUCUGAUUCUUCUCCCUUGGUUUGCAAGCUGAACAAGUCACUUUAUGGCCUCAAACAGGCCUCGAGGCAGUGGUUUUCUAAACUGUUUGAGGCUAUGCUAUCUAGAGGUUACAUUUCAAGUAAGAAUGACUAUUCUCUCUUCACCAAGUCAUCUAAUUCCUCCUUAACAGUCCUGGUUGUCUAUGUUAAUGAUAUAUUGCUUGCUGGGGAUGAUGUAGCUGAGCUUGACAAUCUGCAAUAUUUCUUGGAUUCUCAGUUCAAGAUCAAAUAUCUGGGGUCUGUCCAUUAUUUUUUGGGCUUGGAGGUUACCAAGAAUAGUCAGGGUUACUUGGUCAGUCAACAGAAAUUUGCUUCUGACCUCUUGGAUGAAUUCAACUGUAUGCAUUUCACUCCAGUAGUGACUCCCCUUGAGUCAUCUAUCAAAUUAACUUUUGACAUGGGCCAACCACUCACUGAUCCUAGUUUUUAUAGAAUACUUGUGGGGAAACUCAAUUUUUUACAAUAUACCAGACCUGAUAUUGCAUUUUCUGUCCAACAUUUGAGUCAAUUCCUUCAAGCUCCUCAGGUUCCCCACAUGCUGUCUGCUAUACAUGUUCUUAGGUACUUGAUGAAUGCACCCGAGCAAGGAAUUCUCCUUUCAAAGUCUCCUGUCACUUCUCUUGUAGCAUAUUCUGACUCUGAUUGGGCCGCAUGUACCGAGUCUCAGAAGUUUGUCACUGGCUUUUUCAUUAGUUUUGGUGGUUGCCCUAUUUCUUGGAAAUGCAAGAAGCAGCAUAUAAUCUCUCUUUCCUAUGCUGAAGCUGAAUACAGAGCUUUGAGGAAAGUUGUGGCUGAAAUCUCCUGGCUGGUGUUUUGUGACAGCCAAGCUGCACUUCAUAUUGCUAAAAAUCCUGUCUUUCAUGAGAGGACUAAGCAUAUUGACAUUGACUGCCAUUUUGUUCGUGAUUGCUUACAAACUGGAUUGAUCUCUCUUCACCACAUUUCUACUACUGACCAGCCUGCUGACAUUUUAACCAAGUCUCUUGCAGGGCCUCUUCACCAUCACCUGCUUGGCAAGCUUGGAGUGGCUUCCCCCUCCAGCUUAAGGGGGGGGGGGGGUGUUGGGCUGUCAAAAGUCUCAGACAAGAAGCCCAAUAGAAUAGUUGGAUACCAGGCCCAAUUAUGUAACAAAAGCCCAUAA